UAAAAUAAAAUAAGAUAAAAUGUCUUACUGCCAAAACAAUCAGUGCACAGAUAAAUGUGAACUUUUCCAUUGUGUAUCUAACGCUACAGCGCAAAUGCGCACAACAUCUGCGAGGAAACCAGAAGCCAGAAAAUGGGUUAAAAAAUCUGUUUGAGCGCAGUGUUUUUACAUUGAACAAUUCCUCGCCUGCAGCACCCAGAAGUGAACAGCAGGCGACCCGGAAGAUUUGAAGUCCGACUGAGAGCGAGCAGAAAGAAGACUCUAAUCCUUUUUUAAAAAUUGUUUCCUUGCUCGCUGGUUCAGGAUGGCUGAACCCCGCUUUAACAACCCUUAUUUUUGGCCUCCCCCUCCUGCCAUGCCUGGUCAGCUGGAUAACCUAGUAUUGAUCAAUAAAAUCAAGGAGCAGCUGAUGGCGGAGAAGAUCAGACCGCAUCAUCUGCCCCCUGCUUCAGCCCCUUCCCAGCAGCCUCUAUUGGCUACCUCCAGCCAGCCAGAAGGCGGCCAGCAUGGGAUAUCCAAAGCCCAGCAGAUGCCUGUUCUUCACAACCACAGCCCAUCUCAGCCUGAUAUCGCCCUGCACGCCCGCCCUGCCUCCAGCUCAGUCACAGGCCGUAUUCUUGGAGAUGUAAACUUGAAUCUAGAUGACAAGGCAGCUAUAAAAGCCAGAGGAUUAUGGGAAGACUGGCAUCUGCGUCAACUCAUAGAUCAUCCUUCCAGAACAAACCACGUCUCAGGUGUGGCGCUGGCAUCCAGAACAGGCAACCUAAACACCUCGGAGAUCAUCACCCCCACCACGCCCACCUCAAGCAGCCACAGCCGGCUGGGUGGAGCUCCCUCCCCUCACCUCAUCUCAGGGUUGGCCGGCCACGGCAUGGAGCCUGGGAAAAACAGCGGUGGACUUGUGGGACUCCUCGGUCCUCCUCCAAAGCAGGAACGAGGACGCAAGAAGAUAAAGGCAGAGAAUGGGUCAUCUCUUUUGGUGGUGCCCUACCCAUUUCUAGCCUCAGGCAACGACCAGUCAUGCAUCACCAUUGCUGCCAAAGAGGGAAAAACCUACAGGUGUAAAGUUUGUCCGCUGACCUUCUUCUCUAAGUCAGACAUGCAGAUUCACUCCAAAACACACACAGAGGCGAAGGCUCACAAGUGCCCUCACUGCACCAAGUCCUUUGCGAACGCGUCCUACCUAGCCCAGCACCUGCGCAUACACCUGGGCGUCAAACCUUAUCGCUGUACCUACUGUGAGAAAUGUUUUCGCCAGCUCUCCCACCUUCAGCAGCACACCAGAAUCCACACAGGGGAUCGGCCUUAUAAAUGUGCCCAUCCUGGAUGUGAAAAAGCUUUUACGCAGCUGUCUAAUCUGCAGUCUCACCAGAGGCAGCACAACAAAGACAAGCCCUUCAAAUGUUCCAACUGUUACCGUGCCUACUCAGACUCUGCCUCACUUCAAAUCCACUUGUCUGCACAUGCCAUAAAAAACGCCAAGGCCUACUGCUGCAGCAUGUGCGGCAGGUCGUACACCUCUGAGACCUACCUUAUGAAACACAUGUCUAAACACGCAGUGGUGGAACACGUGGUGUCUCAUCACUCCCCUCAUCACAGGACAGACUCUCCCGCCAUCCCUAUACGGAUCUCCCUCAUCUGAGCCCUUCACGCGUCUCCUGCCCUCCUGUUUUCUGUGACAUCGUCACUUUGGUCCUCUGAUGAACCACACAGCCCGCUACUGGGAUCCAAAAAAAUGUGCCAGAUUGCCAGUAUUUUGUGACGAGGUGCUCUUUUAUUGAGUAUAUCCUCCUGUCCUUCCUUGCUGACCAGACAGUAUUAUCGGGGGCAUCCAAAGAUGAUUUCUCAGCACUUUCCGGCCUGAAAAUCACAGGCCUAAAAUUUCAUUUUUCUAUGUGACUUCACAGGAAAAAAAAAAUGCUCCAGGCAGCUACAUGGAAAACCUUUUUAACCUUUUUUUUGUGUGUUUCACAGAUUUAUUUGUCUUUUUUAUACAGUCCUUUACUUUCUUUACUCUUUACAAAAUAAAUAUAUUUGCAUCAGAAAUAGUCUUCCAUUAGCUGAGUGGCCAAGUUAACAUAAAAGUGAAUGCUUAUAUACUGUGUAGCUAUUCAUGUAUAUCGUGCCACUUCUCAUGUCAGCUUCGUCAGCAACGUUUCAUCAACCACAUGACCGUAAUACACACAUCUUAUUAUUCUUAUUAUUUUCAGCCUGCUGCCAAGUUCAAUCUGAGCCGCUGUGACUCAUUAUCAAAUUUAGUUUUUAAUUCUUUUCUUCUUUUUUUUUUAAUUUUAGUUUUUGUAUUGUUAAACAAAUAUGCUCAAAGCAAUCCUGGAGAACUCAGUUUAAUCUGGUCAAGGUUUAAAAGUUCUGAAUGAUGAGCACUGUUAUAAAGUGUCUCAUAAAAAUAUACUAAAUAAACCUCCAAGCCACUGAAAAAUGAAAUAGAAGCUGUCAUACAACGAAUGCAAGAGUUUCUGCAUUCAGUAGUGUUACAAAUGCAAGGAACAAUGUUUCAUUACUCCACCCAUAAAAGGCAAAAUACCAAAAACAGCCCUCACGUGAUAACCUUUAAUCACUCUAGCUUUCAAGGUUAUCUUCUAUUUCACCUCUGAGUCACUUUUUGUGCUUCUGUUAACUUUAGAUUGCUCCCAGGACCUGGGAGUAAACGGUGGACUGAAUUUCACUCAUUUACUCACAAGUUAAAUGUUUUGGGAAACAAGUGCACAUGCAGGGGGUGGAGGGCAAACACUGGUGGGAAACUGCCGUGUCUGCAAUGCCCCAUGGGCUAACGUCACAGUUCAGGUUGUUUACGCUGAAGAUUCUAGAUGUCUCUCAGAAAGUGACUGUAAAGCUCUGUGUUAUGAAUUGAAGGCUUAUGGUUAAAAAUAAAUGAGUAUGCUCCUGGUCAUGCUCUCAACCUGAUGCGCCACCUUGGGGCAUGAAUACCGUGGACUGUUCCGCUGAACACCGAGAUGAUGCUCAACAUAGAAGUCCAUUUGACACAGAACCUGCACAUGUAUGUGUGACUCUGAUGGGCAGUGCAAAUGGAAAAUGCAAGAUGGAAGCAGUACAGUGCUUCACAGGGGCCAAAUUUAAAAUCAGAGGUUUUUGCUUCUUAUGGGUGGAGUUAAAAAAUGUUAUAUGUUGUAACCCAAACAUGUGUUACUCUCAGUUUAAGUUAAAACUGAAAAAAUGGCAAUGUAUAAUCACUUAUCUUGCCAAAUUUAUAUUUGUUUGUGUGUGUGUGUGUGUGAGUGUGUGUGUUGUGCGCUAUUUGUUUUGUCUGUUUUGUAUUUAAUCUGGUCUUAAAAUAAACCAAUGUGGUGGCAAGACUUCCACCACCAUUAUUUGACAAUAAGCUUUUUCCUUCUUGGUUGUGUAAUCAAAGCAUCAGCCUUAUUUGAAUAUGUAUUUUUUUAAUUGAUUUAUGAAUGAAUAUUUUGCCAUUUUAUAUGCAUUUAAGCCUUAAUUUAGUUACAAUUCUACAUUUCAUUUUGUUGUUGGCUUUACAUUUGCCUUUUAUGUUAUAGCAUGACGUAUACUGUAAAUAAACUAUACCUACUGUCAACCCAUUUUAUAUUAAAUAGUUGUAAAAGUCUUUUUUCCCCUCCCCUCUUCGCUUUUGUGGUUGCACAUAAACAAAAUAAGCAAGAAAAAAAGACUUCCGGUGACAGAGGUGGGGAGGAAUGAGUCGCAGGAACUCAAACUCACUCACUUACAGGAGUCCUUUAGGCAUAUAGGUUACCUGCUCAGAGCUAGGUGAACCAUAGUGGAACUGAGCAAACAUUGCACAUUUAGUCCAAUACAACAAAGUUGUGACUGACUGUAAACUAAUGAAAGAAAAUACUGUACAAGUCACCCUAUCAGUGUUCAUAGCAAAAGUCAUGUCACACUGGUCCAUUACACCAACUUCUCUGAUAAACGUGUUUGUAGGGUGUCAACUUCACACCACUUAUUUUGUUCUUCACACUUUAGACAGAUUUCGACUAUGUUUUUGUAACUUCCUUUAAAGAAAAAAAUGGUUUAGGGCUGUUCAAAAAGAAAAUAAAAGUGCAGCUGAAUUUCUUUAGUGACAACUGCGGGGGCAUGUCUCAAACUACACAUUGUUGUUGACGCAAACAGGAGCAAAGAGCUUGUAUUUGCGUUAUGAGUUUAUGAAAUUGAUGUGGAAUAAAAUCAAGAAAGUGCAGUUGUACAACUAAAGUCUCUGAUCACUGUGAGCACUAUCAUUGUGUACUUCCAACUUCACACAGUGUGCAAUGAAGUUGCUUCCAGACAGUAGUCACUUUAUGCUUUGAAAAGUGACUUUUCCAGUUGCUCUUAUGUCUGUCCUGGCAAUUCUGAUUAACUACAUUCACCACUCAUUUGUAUUUCAGUUGCUCCCAAAAAA